UUGGACUUUAAAACAGUUAAGAUUUAUUCAGAGCAUAAAUUAUAAAAAUAUUUUAAUAAUGGCUGGCGUUGUUACAAUGAUUAACAAAUUGCUUGAUUGGAUUCGUUCCUUGUUUUGGAAAGAAGAAAUGGAGUUGACUCUUGUUGGUUUACAAGGUUCGGGAAAAACAACUUUUGUUAAUGUUAUUGCGAGUGGGCAAUUUACUGAGGAUAUGAUUCCAACUGUUGGUUUCAAUAUGCGGAAAAUAACGAAAGGGAAUGUUACUAUAAAGCUUUGGGAUAUUGGAGGUCAACCACGUUUUCGGUCAAUGUGGGAACGUUAUUGCCGUGGUGUAAAUGCUAUUGUUUUUAUGGUCGAUGCGGCAGAUCAGGGCAAAUUGGAAGCGGCAAAAAGUGAAUUAAUUCAACUUUUGGAUAAACCCCAAUUGGAGGCGAUCCCCGUUUUGGUUCUUGGGAAUAAAAAGGAUUUGCCUGAUGCUUUAGAUGAGGGACAGUUAAUUGAACAGAUGAAUCUUUCUACUAUUCAAAACCGCGAAAUUUGUUGCUAUUCGAUCUCUUGCAAGGAAAAGUCUAAUAUUGAUAUAACCUUGCAAUGGCUAAUUCAACAUUCAAAAACUGCUCGUUAAUUUCUAGUAAGUAUUCAUUUUCUCUAAUUUCUUUAAAAAUCUAUGCUUAAAAUUUUUUCAAAAUUUACUUUUGAGUUGUCUACUUUUGGUUUGCUGACUGGCUAUAUUUUUUGACUUUAACUUUUUAUGAAUUUGAGAGAAGUUAAAAAAACAAAUAUAAAAAUAACCACCAAUCUCAGUUAGCUUUCU